AUGUCCAACGCUUGGAAACUAACUCACCGGAUGAAAAGAUUUACCGUUGGGGCAAUGAUAACUCCUGAAUAUAAUGGGUGGUGGAGUAAGAGGAUUAACGAUAAUAUUCCCGAGCCAAGUCACGAAGGCAGUCAGUUAAUAGAGGAGCAUUUACGGGUCGUCCCUUCUGAACUACAAAUAUUAAAGCAAGACUUUGAAAGAAGAAAUGCAGAGUUGGAAAAGCAGAUAGAGCAAAUAAAGGAAGAAAAAAUAAACUUAAGAUUGGAUGUAGAUGUUCAGAAGCUUGAGGCGGAGCGAUUAAAAAAGGGGAAAGCUAGGGCUGAAGAAAAUCUUGAUAGUUUGAAAACAGAUUAUAAGAAGUUACGAUUAUCAAUGAGGACUGCCAGGUUGGGAAAGACUUCUGAGCUGUGGCGUAAGGAGAUUCAACAAGAAAAGAAUAAGGCUGAUGAAUGGGAAAGGAGGUUCCAAGAAAUUCAAGCACAGAACGAGACUCUAAAGAGGAGUUUGUCAGAGAAUCAAAAGGAAAAAGGGAGCUAG